UAAAAUGCAUCUCUCUGGGGGCCAUGACACCAAAGCUAAGAGUCCAAUCAAGCAGGAGAGACCAGCCUCCCCUGUACCCAGCUGUGUGUCCAUGAAGAGUGACGAGUCUAUGGACCAUCCUAUACUGUUUAGAGAGGGAGACUUUUCUACUGAACAAAGUCCAAUCAAGCAGGAGAGACCAGCCUCCCCUGUACCCAGCUGUGUGUCCAUGAAGAGUGACGAGUCUAUGGACCAUCCUAUACUGUUUAGAGAGGGAGACUUUUCUACUGAACAAAGUCCAAUCAAGCAGGAGAGACCAGCCUCCCCUGUACCCAGCUGUGUGUCCAUGAAGAGUGACGAGUCUAUGGACCAUCCUAUACUGUUUAGAGAGGGAGACUUUUCUACUGAACAAAGCCCAAUCAAGCAGGAGAGACCAGCCUCCCCUGUACCCAGUUGUCAUUUUGUCUCUGGCUUAACUCAUUUACUUAAUUUAUUCCAGAUGCUUGAAGAGAAAAUUAUGACAUUUGUGAAGAACGAGCUGAAGAUGUUCAAGAGGAUUCUUAGUCCAGAACUCCCAGAAGGCUUUGAGAGUCAGAAGCAGGAUAAGGAAGUGGUGGAUGCUGAAGAUGAGAAGCAGGAGAGCAGUGCCAGAGAGGGGGCUCUGAAGAUCACACUGCACGUCCUGAGGAAAAUAAACCAGAAGGAGCUUGCUGACACACUGGAGAAAUAUGAGCUUGCUGUGAUUUGCCAACGUGAACUCAAAUCUAAUCUAAAGAAGAAGUUUCAAUGUGUAUUUGAGGGUAUCGCUAAACAAGGAAACCCAACACUUCUCAAUAAGAUCUACACAGAGCUCUACAUCACAGAGGGUGGAACAGGAGAGGUCAAUAAGGAACAUGAGCUGAGACAGAUUGAGACAACAACCAGGAAACAAGCAAGACCAGAGACUGCAAUCAAAUGUAACGACAUCUUCAAACUCUUAACUGGACAAGACAAACGUAUCAGAUCUGUGCUGACAAAGGGAGUCGCUGGCAUUGGAAAAACAGUCUCUGUGCAGAAGUUCAUUCUGGACUGGGCUGAAGGAAAAGCAAAUCAGGAUGUCCAAUUUGUAUUUUCAUUCCCUUUUCGGGAGCUGAAUUUGAUGAAAGGGGACAAAUACACUUUCAUUGAACUUCUCAAUCACUUCUCCAUGGAAACCAAACAAUCAGGAUUCUCCAUCUACAACAAGUACAAAGUUCUGUUCAUCUUUGAUGGUCUGGAUGAGUGCCGACUGCCCCUAGACUUCCAGAAGAACAAGAUCUGUUGGGACGUCACAGAGUCAACCUCAGUGGAUGUUCUGCUGACAAACCUCAUCAAGGGAAAUCUGCUUCCCUCUGCUCUCCUCUGGAUAACUACCCGACCUGCAGCAGCCAAUAAGAUCCCUUCAGUGUGUGUUGACCAGGUGACAGAGGUACGAGGGUUCAAUGACCCACAGAAGGAGGAGUACUUUAGGAAGAGAUUCAGUGAUGAAGACCUGGCCAGCAGAAUCAUCUCACACAUAAAGACAUCAAGGAGCCUCCACCUCAUGUGCCACAUUCCAGUCUUCUGUUGGAUUUCUGCAACAGUCCUUGAACACAUGCUGAAACAUAAGAGAGAAGAGAUGCCCAAGACUCUGACUGAGAUGUACACACACCUUGUGGUGUUUCAUACCAAACAGAAGAAUGAAAAGUAUCUUGGAAAAGAAGAGACAGGUCCACACUGGAAUAAAGAGAGCAUUCUGUCACUGGGAAAACUGGCUUUUCAGCAGCUUGUGAAUGGCAAUCUGAUUUUCUAUGAAGAAGACCUGAAGGAGGCUGGCAUUGAUGUCAAUGAAGCCUCAGUGUACUCAGGAUUGUGCACACAGCUCUUUAAAGAGGAAUGUGGGCUGUACCAGGACAAGGUGUACUGCUUUGUUCAUCUGAGCAUUCAGGAGUUUCUGGCUGCUGUAUAUGUGUUCCUCUCAUUCAUCAACAACAAUGAGAAUCUAAUGGACAAACUGCAAACAAACAACAAGUCUGAAAUUACUUUCUACAAGAGUGCUGUGGAUAAAGCCUUACAAAGUGAGACGGGAAACCUGGACCUUUUCCUCCGCUUCCUUCUGGGCCUCUCACUGGAGUCCAAUCAGAAGCACUUCCGAGGUCUACUGACAAAGACAAGAAGCAGCUCACAGACCCAUGAAGAAACAGUGAAGUACAUCAAGGAGAAGAUCGGGGAGAAUCUCUCUCCAGAGAGGAGCAUCAAUCUGUUCCACUGUCUGAAUGAACUGAAUGACCAUUCUCUAGUGGAGGAGAUCCAAAGCUACCUGAGCUCAGGAAGUCUCUCAAAACCCAAACUGUCACCUGCACAGUGGUCAGCUCUAGUCUUUGUGUUGCUGACUUCAGAAAAGGAGCUGGAUGUGUUUGACCUGAAGAAAUACUCCAGAUCAGAGGAAGGUCUUCUGAGGCUGCUGCAAGUGGUCAAAGCCUCCAGAGCUGCUCUGCUGUCAGGCUGUGGAGUCACAGAGGAAGGUUGUGCUGCUCUGGUCUCAGCUCUGGAGUCAAACCCCUCACACCUGAGAGAGCUGGAUCUGAGUAACAAUGACCUGAAGGAUUCAGGAGUGAAGCUGCUCUCUGCUGGACUGGGGAAUCCCCACUGUAAACUGGAGACUCUGAGGCUGUCAGGCUGUCUAGUCACAGAGGAAGGCUGUGCUUCUCUGGUCUCCGCUCUGGAGUCAAACCCCUCACACCUGAGAGAGCUGGAUCUGAGUAACAAUGACCUGAAGGAUUCAGGAGUGCUCACACUGGACCUAAACACAGUAAACAGACACCUCUCUCUGUCUGAGGAGAACAGAAAGGUGACAUGUAGGAGAGAGGAGCAGCCGUAUCCUGAUCACCCAGAGAGAUUUGAGGACUGUGGACAGGUGCUGUGUAGAGAAGGUCUGACUGGUCGCUGUUACUGGGAGGUAGAGUGGAGUGGGGAAGGGGCUGUUAUAGGAGUGACAUAUAAAGGAAUCAGCAGGAGACGAGAGGUUAAUGACUGUUGUCUUGGAUACAAUGACAAGUCCUGGAGUCUGGACUGCUCUGACAACAGUUACUCUGCCUGUCACAAUAAUAAUCACACUACCAUAGACGUCCACUCCUCCAGCUCCCACAGAGUAGGAGCGUAUAUGGACUGGCCAGCCGGCACUCUGUCCUUCUAUAGAGCCUCGUCUGACACACUGAACCACCUGAUCACAUUCACCUCCACAUUCACUGAGCCCCUCUAUCCAGGGUUUAGGCUUUUGUGGGUUGACUCCUCAGUGUCUCUUUGUCAGACACACUGAUACACACACUGACACACACACUGACACAAACACUGACACACACACACACACACACACACACA